AGUUGGUUGGCAAUUUCAAUGUUCUAACACAACUUGCUUACCAUUUCUCACUGUCGUUGUAUCGAAUAUUAUCAACUGCCAAGUGGCUUGCCUAGCUCAAGUUCAAUGCAAGGCAGCUAGUUUUCAUCAAUCAUCUUCCAGCUGUGAAUUGUUUGCUGAUAUAUCCAACCAAACUGGUAAUCUAUCAACUAAUAUGGACACUGUUACUAUGAUUGCUAUAGAAGGAACACGAAUGCCACUGGAAUCGACUACAAUCUCAACAACAACAACAUCAACAUCAACCUCGACAACAACCUCAACAACAACAACCUCAACAACAACAUCAACAUCAACAACCUCGACAACAACCUCAACAACAACAUCAACAUCAACAUCAACAACGUCAACAACAACAGGUGGUCAGUAA